UUUUUGACGCUAGUUUCACAGCAACUGGUUGGUGUGUGUUUCGCAACCGAACAUGGUUUAAAAAUUGUGGUAGAAGAUUCCAAAUGUGUACAAGCUAACACUUUUAUAGGCAGCGAAAUAUUUCAAGAAUAUCACCUUAAUGAUGAUACGGUUGCCUUUCGUGUUGAUCUCAAUACUUUGAUUGAAUGUCUCACAAUAUUUGAUGGGUGUUCAACUAAUCCUAGUUCCACAACUGCUUUAAAGUUAACAUACAAAGAAUAUGGUUCUCCAGUAAAAUUAUUGUUAGAAGAAGGCGGUAUCAUUACCGACUGCUCGUUGAGAACCAUGGAAGUGUUUGAUAUAUUAGACUUCAGUAUACCGGCAGAAUCCACUACCAGUAAAAUUAUAUUAAGGUCCUCAGAUUUUAAAGACAUUCUCAGUGACAUAGAUAGUACAUCUGAUUACGUAGAAUUUACAUUUUCUGAAGAGCCACAGUUUUUUAAAAUCUUAACUUCUGGAAUUGCAGGAAAAUGUAGUGUUGAGAUACCAUCUAAAAGUGAAAUAAUGGAACAGUUUCUUUGCAACACGUCAAUUACUGUCAAAUAUAAAUAUAAACAGAUUAAACCUUUUUUAAAAUGCAUGAACAUAUCACAAAAAACAUUAAUACGGACAAAUGAGGAAGGACUGUUGUGCUGUCAAUUCAUGGUGCAAGUAGACAGCCAUACUUGUUAUUUAGAAUAUUUUUGCACACCUAUUGUUGAUGAAGACUGAUGAGUGAUGACUAGAUAUGCAUCAACUAUAAAUACAAAACAUUUUGUCAUUUCCAUACAUAACUAUUGAUUAUUACUUAAUUUUAUCAUAUAAAUUACAAUUACAACCUAAAAACUAAUGAACAAUUUAAAAGUUUGUCAUAUUUCUAUGAAAAUGGAAAAGUGUAGAUUAUUGUUGUUGUAGUUGUACAUAUAAAAUAAAAAUAAAAAAAUAUAUUUUAUAUUUUGUUCCA